UCGAUUGACUGCAUGAAUCCAUUCUCACGGGAGCUGAACCAACUAGCGGAGUAUCUUAAGGAGGCUUUGCAGCGUGAGCAGCUCCUGGAACAGAAGUUGGAGACGCUGCAGUAUUUACUGACCAACACACAGGUCCUCUCUGACAAUGUCUGGCAGGACACUCAGGCUGAGUGUGCAAAUCUGACAUUGAAGCACAGGGGAUCAUUCCGAUCAGAUUUGGAUAUCAAGACUAAUCACAAAAACAUGGAUGUAAAGGUGCAGGAACUGAACAGGAAAACCGAUCCGGAGGAGCUUACGGAGGUAAAGACAGGAAACACAGAAGGAGAUAAUAAAGAUGGCGAGGAGAUUCAAGAAGGAAAAGAAAUGGCUUCAACUGACAAUGAUGUUGAGGAUGGGUUGAACAGGAAACGUCGAAGACCAACUCUACGGAAAGAAAAAAGACUCCAGGAAUCGAAGAUUCUCCGUAAACAAGCCAUGAUCAGAGACAUGAGCGAGAGAGGUCCCCCAGAAGUGAAGGUGCUGCGUCAACAAGCGAUUGUCCGAGAUAUGAGUGGUGAUGUGCUGUCUGCAGACAACAAGGCAAAUGAAUCAACAGCAAAUGUCUCAUCUUCAGGAGAUCCAGAGUCACAUAUGAAGUCACCUGAUAUUCCAGUCUGUGAGGUGAAAUCAGAAGCAUUCGAAAUUUCGGAGGUAAAUUCAACGAAUCUCAAGGCUCCUGAGAUCAGUUCAUCUGAUUCCAAGUCAACUGAUGUCAAAUUACCUGAUCCCACACCAACCAUGGUCACGUCAACUAAUUCUGAGACAUCUGAGGUCAGGUCAAUUGUUCACACAUCUUCUGAGGUCAAGUCAACAUAUUCCAAUCUAUGUGAGGUUAAGGUAAUUGAUCCUAAGGUAUCAGAGAUCAAAUCAGAUAAUCCCAAACCAUCUGAAAUCAAUUCAACAUACCCUAAAUCACCUGACGUCAAGGCAGUUGAUUCUAAUGCCUCAGAGAUCAAGUUAAUUGAUUUCAAACCAUCUGAGACUGAGUCAACUUGUUCUAAAUCAUCUGAUAUCAAGACAAUUGAUCCCAAAGUGAUAGAGGUCAAAUUAGCGGAACACAAGCCAUCUGAGAUGAAGACAAUUGAUCCUAAGGUGUCAGAGGUCAAAUUAGCAGAUUCCAAUCCACCCGAGAUCAAAACAGUUUAUCCCAAACCAUUUGAUGCCCAGAUGAUUGAUUCUGAAGUGUCAGAAGUCAAAUUAGCAGAUUCCAAACCAUCUGAAAUCAAGACAACUCAUUCUACAUCAUCUGAGGUCAAGGCAAUUGAUGCUAAACAGUCAGAAGUUAAGUCAGCUGAUCCUAAAUUAGUGGAAAUUGAAUCAACACAUUCCAAACCAUACAACGUCAAGUCAAUUGAUCUUAAAAUGCCUGAAUUCAAGUCUGCUGAUCUCAUCCCAGCUGAGGUCAAAUCAACUGAUUCGUCUGUGCCUGAAUUCAACCCCACAAAUUUCAAUCCAUCCAUGGUGAAACCAGUUGAUCUCAGCCAAACAGAAGUUCAGUUAUCUGAUCCCAAACCAUCCAGGGUCACGUCAGUUGAUCUCAAACAAUCUGAGGUUAGAUCAACACCUCUCAAACCAUCUACAAUAGAGUUAAUAGAUCCUAACCAAUCCACGGUAUUGCUGGCUGGCCCCAAGAUGGUUGAAGUGAAGUCAACUGAUCUCAAACCAUCUGAAGUCACAUCUACUGAUUCCAAACUUUCUGAGGUCAAGUCAAGCACUACCAAGUUGUCUGAGAUCAAGUCAACUGCUUCUAAUGGGUCAGUGAGCAAGGCAGCUGAUCCCAAGCCUUCUGAGGUCACAUUAUCUGCUCCCAAUGAUUUCAAGGUAAUGUCAGUCAUGCCAACUGAUUACAAAAUCAAAUCAGAUGGUCCCAAUGAGGCAGAAGUCAAGUCAGUUGCUUCCCAGGAAUGUGAGGUAGAUUCAGCUGCUCCCAAGACAUCUGACGUCAAGUUAUCUGCGCUUAACAUAUCUGAGACCAAAACAAGUGAUCCCAAACUUCCCAAGGUCACGCCAGCUUCUUCCAAAGUUUCUGAGAUCAAGUCAGCUGUAUUCAACAUGUCUGAGACCAAAGCAGCUGGUCCCAAAUCCUCCGAGAUCAAGUCAGCUGCUCUCAAGACGUCUGACGUUAGAUUUGUUGCUCCUAAGGUUCCUGGGAUCAUGUUAGCUACUCCUAAACCAGGUGAGGAUGCGUUAUCUGUUACCAAAACAGCUGAGGUCAACUCAACUGAUCCUAAAGUAUCUACAGCGAUAUCAGCUAAUCUAGAACUUUGUGAUAUGGUGACACGUUUCCAUAAGUCUUACGACCAACUAUUAAGCAAACCAGAAAUAUGUAGCAUGAGGUCACCUGGUCCUAAAUCGUGCAACAAUGUGCUUUGUAUGUUGGAAUUGGAUGAGUUGAGGUUGCAGAUUAAGCAGCUCCGGAAGGAAUUGGAGGAGUCUCAGGAACAAGCAGCCCGGCACCAGAGGAGCUAUUUGGACUUACAAAGAUUGCUGGAGGAACAACGAUUGGUCAAUGUGCAACAGACUGAAAACUUUGCCAAACAGAUCCAGCGUCUCCAAGUACAGCUUCGGUCCGUUCAGGAGGAGAUUGAGAGCUUGGAGGAAGAGAAGGAGAGUGAGCUGACAGAAGCACAUGAGGAACUUCACUGCGCACAGGAGGAGAUUGUGAAUCUCCGUCAGGCAGCCGAGGAGGCAGCGGGGGAACGGGAAAAUGAGAUUGCAACGCUGCAGGAGGAGCUAUGUCGUAUUCGGGCAGAGCUGGAACACCUUCAGCAGACAACAGUGGAGUACGAGCUGGAGAUCACCACACUCCGAGCAGAGAUACAGAUGAAAAAUGACAGUCGACAGAAGAAAAACUCCGAAGAGGUUACUCAGCUCCAGGGUGCAGUCCAGUGCCUGCAGGUUGAGUGUCGAAAUCUGGCUCAAGAAUGUCGAGUUCUGCAGAAUGAUAACAAACAGCUGAAGGAAAGACUGCAGCAAAUGGAACGGCAGUAUUGCAGAUCAGUUGACGGAUUUAAAGUGGACGCUCCAGGAUCUGAAAGCCAUUGUCAGCAGCAGGGUGCAGAGGCUGAGAUAUUGUCUGAGAACCAACAAUCCAGAAAACUAAAUGGCAACGAACUCAAAGAGACAGGACUAAAAUGGCAGGAGGAACUGAAGCUCCCUCAGAAGGAGGAGCUGAGGAAAUGCCAGGAGAAGUUGGCUGAUAAAGUAGUUACAAGCGGCCGAGCUUCUGCAAGAGAGCAGCUGGAAGACGGGCGGCAGGUUAGAGGACUUGAGGAUGGAAGCAAGGGUGAUAGUACCACAUCUGCCCAGAAGAUAAGAAGCCCCGAGCUAGAUCCUAGAGCUCUCCAGAGGGCAGAAGAGAAAGGACAGUUUGAAGAAUUAGAUUUAAAGCAUCGACUGCUAAAGGCAGAAGAGAAAGCAGUGACAGUGCAGCAUGAGUGCGAAGGAUUAAUCACUGAUCUGAGAGUACUAGAGGAAAGAUACAGGAACAGCCAAGAGGAGCGCAGCCAGCUGGAGUUACAGCUCAGGCAAUUCAAGGAGGAAGUCCACAAACUGAAAGGGGUGCCUUGUCAGGACUGGUUGUACUGAUGGCCAUGCUGUGGUGCUGGUGGGCUGAGACCUCCCGGCAUUGACCAGAGUCGAACUGGAGUGUGGAUUCCAUUAGAGCUGAUCAUUCUUCCAUAUCUCAGCCUCACUCCUGACUUCUCAACUACCACAAUUUGGUUGUUCCUUUACCUCCUUUCCCCCUUCUCUUCCUAUCCCCACCUUCCUACACCCUCUCACAAUCCCCAAUCCUCAUUUCACCAUACUCUCUCAUUGCUUUCUUCCAUUUCUCACUUCUUCAUUUCUCUUGUCCUUUUCUUCUAACAUUGUCCUCUCUUCUACUUUCACCCACACCCUAUUCUUUCCUCUUCCUGCUUCUCCUCCCCUUCUACCAUCUCCCCACUUCACCUUUUCUCUUCCUUAUCCUAUUCUCUCCCUCUCCUAAUUCUCUUUCCUCUGAUUUUCUUCCUCACAAUCCCCUCCCCAUCCCCUUACUUGUAUCCAUAAGCUUAUCUAUCUCUUCUCUAUCCAUGUUUAUCCUGCCAUUCUUGGCCUCCCCACCUCACUCCUCCUCACCUCUUUCCCCUUUAUCUUUCCACUCACUCCUUCCUCGCUCUCUUAUUCUUCAUCUCACUUUUAUCUCUUCAUCUCUUCUCCUGCCUUCUCACACUUCCACCCACUGUGCCUUCCACUUGUCUCCCUACCUCAUUGCCCCACCCAUCUGCCUGCCUCAUCCUCACCUUGUCCAUUCACCUCUUCUGUCCACGUCUUCCCCCAUCACUUCUUCCCCCUAUCCCUUCCCCCUCACCUCUCUUGCCUCUUUCUCACACUUCCCCCCACUUCUUUCACCUUACAUCUUCUGCCUAUGCUAUAUUAUGUCCCUUCCAUUUUCCCUUCCAUUUUCCCAUUAGUUUUAAGAUUGCCUGCUCUUUCUCUCAGUGUCCUGUCAUCCUGCUGUCCUGGGAAUGCUGCUGUACAUACCGGCUCAUCUGGAAUUUCUGAACCCAUAAGUGCACUGCACACUGAUCUGUAUCUGUUUUCUCUGCCAAUUUUGCACAAAAGCUUCUCUCGAAACAUAUAAUGAAAUGAAGAGCAGCUGCCAAUGAGGCACUCCAGAGCUGGGUGGAGUCAGAGAUCAUAUGUGUGAAUUAACAGAAACUUAAUUAUUGAGGUUAUAACCAGGGCUCUCAGAAUGUUCAGAUCUUUUGAUGGCCUCCCGCGUGUAGAAAGACCAAUUCUUCAAUGACACCACCUUAUAUAUUGACGAUCUGCUGCAUUUCCUGGUGGAGUUUUGGCCAUUAAUCUGGUUUGGAUUCCCAGAUUAUGAUCAAUUGACCCUCGAUGAUUAGUGCAUUAUGCUUCACUUUCUGAAUAUCUGACACCAACUGAUCUACAACCAGUGCCCGACACACUAUGAUUGAUCGAUUGAUUGUCAAUGGCAGUCUAUCAGUGAAUGACCAAAUCUCAAUGAUUGACUAAAUUUGAGUGAGUGAUUGAUCUUCAGUCAAAGGCCAGUGACCAAACUCAGUGACUGACUGAUUGAGGUCAGGGAGUGACCAAUCCUCGGAGCAUGACUGACCUUUAGGGAACAUCCAAACGCAGCAAGUGACUUGGACCCAGUCAUUAACCAACUUCACUAACUGACUGGAUGACCCUCAACAAGUGAGCAAUUAUCAGCAAGUCACUAAACUGAGUAACUGAUGGUCAGUGGAAUAUUGACCUUUGUAAUUGAAAUCCUCAGCAAGCGACAGAUUUUCCCCAAGGGUCUGUGAGUGGCUGAUCCUCGGAGAGUGACCACACUCAAUCAUUGACCAACUCACAGCAAGUGACUGAUCUUUUGGGGAGUGACUGAUUCUCAGCAAGUGAUCAAUCAUCAGCGUCAGUGAAUGAUUAUCCUUCAGUAAAUAAGUGGCAUCAGCAUUUAUUGGAUCAGUGAUGGGCUGGUGAAUCCCAGCCCCUGGAGAGUAACUAACCCUCAACAAAAAUGGAGUCUCAUUAAACAAAUAAAUCCCAGUAAGUCACUGAAUUUCAACAAGUAACUGAUCUUCAUUGACUGGGUGAGCUUUGAGGAGACUGAUCCCUACCUCAGAGAGUAACUGGUCCUCGGUGAUUGACCUCGUGAUUGACUUUUAGAAAGUGACUGAUUCUCAGAGAGUGAUCAACACUGAGCAAGUGUCUGGCUCUCAGUGAGUGAAUAGCUCCCAGCAAUUGAAUGACACCCCCAACGAGCGGCUGAGGUUCCGAGAGUUCCAAUCUUCAAUGAUCAACUGAUCUCAAUGGCUGACAAGCGGAGUAAUUCACCUUCAGCAAGUGUAACCAUAAGCAAAUGAUUGAAUCUCAAUCAGAGACUGAUCCUCAGUAAGUGAGCGACCCUCAGAAAGAUUCUCAGUGGGUCAGGACCCUUAGAGAGACUGAUCCUCAGUGAAUGAAUGAUACUCAGAGUUUAUAUCUCAGUGUGUGAGGACCCUCAAUGAGGGUCAAACGUCAAUGAGUGAGGACCCACAAUGACUUCUAACCUCUGUGAGUGCGUGACUCAUAGCGACUGAUCCUCAGUGAGUGAGCGACAGUGAGUUUAAAUCUCAAUGAGUGAGUUACUCCUUGAGACUGGUCCUCAGUGGGUGGGUGACCUCAGUGAGUUUGAAUCUUAAUGAGUGAGUGACUCUUAGAGACUAAUCCUCAAUGGGUUAGGACAUUGGGACCUCCAUAGAGAUUGACCUUCAGUGAGUGAGAGACUCGGGGAGACUGAGCCUUGGUGAGUGCAUGAACCUUGUAGAGACUGAUUCUCAGUGAGUCAGGACCAUCGAGUAGACUGAUCCCUGGUGUGUAAAUCACGCUUGUGUGUGAGGAUCCUUGGGGAAACUGAUACUCAAUCUUGUCAGACCAAAGAGAAUCCUUGUACAUUGAGAAAUCCACUCAAUAAUUGAUAUCCUCAGCGAAUGACAGACCCUCACAAUAUAAUCAGUCCCCAACAACUUCCAGAACCUCAAUGAGUGACUUGCCCUCAGCAGGUCACAAAGCACAAUGUCUGAUCCUGUGCAAGUGGCCUAUCCAAAAUAAAUGUCCAGUCCUCAGUGCUAUCAAUCCCAGAGAAUAGGUGGCCCUCAGCCAGUGACCAGUCUUCAUAAGUGACCGAUCCUCAGUAAUUGGGUGACACUCAGCGAUUGACUGACCUUGGUGAAUGAACACCAUUUAUCGGUGGCCACCCUUAUUUAUGACGUGAUGUUAGCCAGCGGCUGUCCCUCAACCAGUCACUGACCCUCAGCAAGAUCUGGGGAGAGCUAGCUAACUGGAUCUAGAAUCAGCUUCAUGCUAGGAAGUAGCGAGUUGUGGUAGAAGAUUUAUGACUGGAGGCAUGUGACCAGUGGUGUGCCUCAUGGAUUGGUGCUUGACCCAUUGCUAUUUGUCAUCCAUAUCUAAUGAUUUGUGUAUGAAUGUAUAAGGCAUGUCUAGUAAGUUUGCAGAUGACACUAAUAUAGGUGGUAUAGUAGACUGAGGAAUGGCAAAUGUAGUUUAAUUCAGAUAAGUGAGAGGGUUCACAUUUUGGGAAGUCCUACCAGCGCAGGACCUUCACAGUGAAUGGUACGGCACUGGGGAGUAUUGUAGAGCAGAAGGAUCGAGGAGUACAGAUAUAUAAUUCCCUGAAAGUGGCGUCACGGGUAGAUCGGGUGGUGAAGACAACUUUAGGCACAUUAGCCUUCAUCAGUCGGAAUUGAGUGGAGAGGAUGUGUUCAGAUUUGGCCACCCUGCUAUUGGGAAAGAUCCAUUAAGGUGGAAAGAGCGCUGAGAAGAAAUACAAGGAUGUUGCCAGGAUUCAAGGGCUAUUGGAAAAUGUUGUGCAGGCCAGGACUUUAUUCCUUGAAACAAAGAGGGUGUGGGAUGGUCUUGUGGAGGUGCAUAAAUCAUGAGGGGAAUAGAUAGUGUGAACGCACAAAGUCUUUUUCCCCAGAGUUGGAAAAUCAAGAGCUGGAGGGCAUAGGCAUAAGGUGAUAUUGGAAUGAUUUAAAAGGAACUUGAG